AUGACAAUCCUUCGCUCGCAAAGAUCAGACAGUGGAAGGUAUGAAUUGAUUGUAAGUCCCGACGACUUUGCCGCAACUACCAUCAAAGACGAAGUCAAGAUUUCAGUGAAAUGUGAGUGGAAACGAUUUUAACUUAGACUAAUAUGUUUUUUGAAUUACGAGGACUUUUCGGUAACAUGGGGUUCGAAGCUUGACUACAGGUAGAGGCAUAAGGAUUUAUUCCCCUAUUAUGCCUUGGCGCAGAGAUGGUCGCGGCCGUGUGCGCCCGUGAGGUGCAUUCUCGUAAAUAGAAGAACAUUGAGCGAUAUUCAUGGUUUAUAAGUGUUCCAAGAUAAGUACUUUGAAUACUUUAAUCACCAAUUUUACUUCGGAAAAGAAAACCAUGUACCAGAGAGGACCAAACUAUAAAACACAUCUUGGUAUGUAAUUUGCUUCUUGAAAAUAGAUCAAAAGCUAUUGCAAACUAAGGUUUUCGCUGAAGGGCAAUAGAAGCUAAGUUAACCUUAAAGAAGGUACGCCAGAGAGAAUGAAGCAAGAGCUUCGACUAUAGAGGAAAACAUUAGAGCUGAUCCCAACGCUUCCUAGAGAUAGAUAGUGCGGCAAUUAAUUUUCUCGUCAUGCCGACAAAGUUAGCCAACUUAUCAGCAAAAGGAAGAAAGAGCAACGUGAGUCAAAAACAACGGGAAAAAGGAUUACUUUUUAGAGUCUUUUACCAUCAUUUGUUUUUGAGUUUAUUAAUUUUUUUAUUUUAUUUUAAUGAAAGAGGAUAAGGAUAGCCUACAGAAGAGUUGUAUUUGUACGGGCAUAGUUUUAGUUAAAGUGCUAUUAUCUUUCUGUCUCACAGGGUGCCUAAUAGAGUCGGAGAAACAGCGUUAAUAUGACUAAAUAUUUUAGAUUAGUCCAGGCGGCCAGCAUGGAGCGUUAUCAGGGCGAAAGUACAAUUCAAACUAUAUUUCAGUUUUAAUUUCGAAACCUACCUUUUUAUUCUUAAUGAUUUUCGAGACUGAUCUUUUUCUUUCAAUGUGGUCACUGAGCCUAUCAGAAGAAAUUUGGAAAAAAAUCUUGUUUUCGAAAAUAAAGCAUUUCACCGUUUAAAUCAACUAAUUAUGCCAGCGGAACUAAAAAUAUAUUUUUUCAGUUGUUGUUGUGAUACUACAGAAGACAACAAACAUUUCACAUUAUUUUCUGAUCACUAAGGACUCUGGCGGCGUGUGAUAGAAAACGGAAUUUUUCCUUGCAAAUUAUGUCAUGGGCGUAAUGGCGCAUCAUGGAAACCUAACAGAACUUUGGCGUUUGAAGCGGUGAAUUAUACGCAGUAGAACCACUGAACUGGCGAAGCGAGCAAUGUGCAAAAUAAGAUACCUUGAGCUGAUCAUGUCAUUUAAAGCUUAAAUUUGAAAAUAAUAGAUUGCUGGCAGCCUCUAAAAAACAGUGUUAGAUAUCAUUUAUUCGGAUGUAUUGCUUUCAGUUGCAAAACACAUCCAGUGUGAUGAAUUUUCAGAUCGUAGAGUGAAGUAAAAAACCCAACAGUGGCGCCAAAAAACUAAUAGACUUGCAUUUUUUGUCUACGGGAGGGCAGUUGACUAUCAAAUGUGGCCGUUGGGUGAGGGGCAGGAAUUUGGCGAGCUAAUCUUUAAGAGUUAAAAUGUCCCCCGGGGGAUGUUGCCCGAAAGAUAUUAAAGCUUCGAACUGAUCGACGCAUUAGCGUAGAAGUGAGCGAGAGUUGAUUUAAAUAAUUAUUUGAUGUAAAAAUACCCUUUGGGUAGAUCAUCAUGUUUAACAGAUCUCCAGUAGUUAGUUGGAGAGAAGAGGAGCGAGGUUAGAUAAGAAGCAUAAAUUAGGCCACUUUGUUGCGUGGUCAUCGAUAGAUUCAUCAUACCUUUGCAGAAGGAUUUAAGUUACGAUGACAUGGCUAUAAAAGAAUAUAAAUUUUCUUACGAGGAGAAAAUGAUAGCUAAGGAGCGGAAAUUGUCUUUCACCCUUUCAACUUCAAAUUCAGGGGUGACCAAAAAGGGAGUGGCUUCCAGCUAAUUAAUACAUUUUCAACCGCAAAGGUCAAUGUUGGGGGAGAGGGAAAUAUCAACGUGCAGAUGCUUCUUGAUUUGCUUAAGGUUGGAUUUUUUUUCCUCUUAAAUGAUACUUCGAUGCAUCUAGUUUCAGAAUAUAUGCGUAUUUUAUACUUGGCUACUGUUGCUAGUCGAUUAUUUAUUUUGAUUGUCAACGGCAACCAAAGACAAUCCAAUCGUUUUGGCUAGUUUUGUGUCCUUUUUCAUGUCACGAAAGUGAAUUUAAACAUUACAAAUUAGUAUACUACCAAACCUACUGUGUUACACGAGAAUGGCUUCAUGGUUACCACUGAUUGGAAAUAAUCCAUUUCGCGAAAUAUUAAAUGUUCUAAAAUUACUUCUUUGCGAAAUCAAUUUUAAAUGGAUGAUGAAAUAGGAGGUGACCCAGAUCUUUGGGAAUCUACAAUAAUGUAAUGUUUAAACGUAUUUUUAUGACCCGAAAAGAAAAACAUUGGGUUUGAAGGGUGAAAAUAGUCCAUUUCGCAGAAUAGUGUCUCCCCCAAAAUUACUAUUUUACAAAAUAUAUUUUAAUACGGUUUAGGAAAUAAGAGGAGGCUAAAAUCUUUGGUAAUAUACUAGUUUGCAAUGUUUGAAUGUCUUUUUGCGACAGGAAAGAGGUCACACUGUCUCGGCAGGGGGGAAAUAGUCGAUGUCGCAAAAUAGUAACUCUUCCUGGAUUACUACUUUGCGAAAUGAAUCCUUUUUAUUUCACUCAAAACCCCUUCUCCACGAACUUGAAUUAUGAUAAUUUCCUCCAGUUGACAAAGCUUUAGGUCUACCGGUAUUGUUGCUUUGCGAGUUGAUUAAAAAUUCAGUGCAAGCUACAGAGAAUUACUGUACAUGUUCAACUACAGCCUCACCAGUUUGAUUUCCCACUCAAAACGCGUGUUGCAAAUUAUUCAUUCAUUCAGUGACUAACAUCUAAUUUGCGAGGCGAGCAAGGUUCGAAAUAUGAUACCUUGAGUUUAACUGGGUGACCCUAUUCGACGAAGCGUAGGAUAAUCAUUAUUGGAGCCUAGGGGAUAGAGCGAUAGAGGAACAGUGAUGUUCUUGAGCUAGCCCCUAUAAGUUAUCAUUACCAUUACUAUUGUAAUCAUUGUUAUUAUCAUUACUUUUAUUAUUAUUCUUAUUAAUAAUAUGAUUAUUUGUCACCAUCUAAUUAUUGGUUGAGUGUCAAUUAUUCACUAUAUCAUUGAGUCAUCUUUAUCUCGUGAAACAGGGUACUCAUAAGUAUGUGGGAGGCGUCAGGUUUUCUUUUUAGCAUGUGAGACAAAUCUUCUGCAACACUACCUUCUUGCGUCAUUAUAAAACCUCGAGUUUUUUUCAAUGCUUUAAAAAUUGUGGCAUACCAGUAACCACAUGCAGUCUUAAAAUCUUACCAUGAACCAACCGUAAUCCUCCCUUAAAUAAAAAUUCUCAGAGCUGAAGAAAUGUGUGGCAGGCAGUGGAGAGAAUUGAUUUUACGAUCUAAGGUGGGAAAGGGUCAAGAUUAGGGAAAAGCUUUGUAGUCAGGAAAAUUGCAUUAAUAAUAUAUCAACUGCUCGAAGAGAUGGGUGUGGGGAGGGGUUGAACGAUGCUACCGUAUAGUUACUUGGUCAGGUGAAGAGAACAUGAAAUUGUGCUCUCUUAUUCAGGUGCCUUUUGGUUGGAUGACGGACAAGAAAGGGAAAUUUGAAAGCUAAUGUUGGUGGAAACCAUUUUAGGGAAUCUUUUUAAUGUCCCAUUUAAGUGACAAUUAGCAUGGAUUCUGUUGGCUGGUUAGGUUAAGUUGUGUAUUUAGUUCGGUGAAAACUUUGUUUUUAAAUUGUACAAGUUUCAAUAAACUAAUUUUGUUGGAUGAUUACAUGACAGAUGCAGCAAAGAUCAACUACACCUCUGGCAAUCAGACCCUGAAUGAAAGUGACACAUUAAAUCUAACAUGUGUGGCUGAUGGUGACCCAACACCAAAUAUCGCCUGGACAAGAGUUUCUGACAACAAAGCUGUGUCCUUUCCUCUCAUCAUCAGUGGUAAACAAGAUGAAGGAGGCUACAAAUGCACUGCCAGUAAUGGUGUCGGAAGCCCUGAUAGCAGGAUUGUCGAUGUUUUUGUGCAGAGAAAGUUAAUUUUGAACUGUUUGCCUUCACUCCUUAUUGCCUGAGGUUACACAGAGUUGCAAAACCUCCCGCUGGCAGUUUUACCCAAUUAUUUCAUUAUUUAGCGUAAUAUCCAUCUUCCAGAAAACAAAGAAAAAAUACACCUGAAUUACUGCAUUUUCGAGUUGUGCGACGAUACCCUCACUAACUAUAUUUUAUUAUAUAUAUUAUAUUAACUAUAUAUUUUUUUUGACCACGGCGCCAAACUAACACUUGCAGCUUUAGUAGUCGGAAUAUUUCGAUCGAUUUAUAAAGGCUAUAAAAACAACGAAAGGGUUAUUUAUCAAUUUAACUGCUGUAAAUGUGUCUGAAAUAUCUGAUAAAAUAACCUCAGCUACUCUCACAAAAUUUUAUUCUUUGUCAGAAGGUAAGAUAUAUUGUAGUGCACCGAUAUGCCAGAUUCAAGAUAAAAAAAUAAGCUGUAUAUUUUCUAAGUAAACAGUGAUCUGUAGAACAGAAAACUUACCUUUGCUCAACCAGAGGAGUGUUGUUCUUUUAAAUUCAUUAUAGACUACCACCCAGUUAACACCAUCGUGACAACUAAUCUGACUAACAACGUCGUUGUUGUGAAUGAAACGUUCAGUAUCAGCUGCAGCGCACAGGCCAACCCACCUGCAAAAUAUCGAUUCUACAAAGGUAAUGAGUAUAUCAAUGAUGCAGACAACGAUGCAGUGAUUAUAACUUCAAUUGUUGAAAGAGCAAGAAUGGUGAACUACAGCUGUAUUUCGUUCAAUAUUUAUGGUAAUGGAACACAAGGAGCACUAGCAGUGACAGUGCACUGUAAGUAAUUAAUCGUGUAAACUCUGUAGCUUUUAGAGUGUUUCUAUAUACCGCGUGUUCUGAUUGGCCGAAGCAGAGCGCUUUAUUAGUGGGCCCGUUGUCACAAUGUCGACUAAUUUUUACAAUGGCGAUCAUUUCCCAGACCUAUCCCCCUCUCUUUUUUUUUUUGACUCGAAAGGCUUGCAUGACCUGUAAAACGAAUAUGAAAACCAGCUAUUCUCUCCGCUGCAGGAGGAAAACAGUCAUUCCAUGAUUUUAUUGCUAUUUUUUGUUUUUUUAGGUGCUCCUGCUGGCACAAAACUAAUUCCAGUUCCCAAGAACACCACAGUGCUUCGUAAAAGUCUCCUUAGUUUAACUUGCCAAACUGAUGGUAGUCCUGAAGUUGAAUUUCAUUUGUAUUUUAAUGGUCAUCUCAUCAAGACCAGCGGCUCAGGGAUAUUUCAUGUUUCAUUGAUGUCUAAUGGUUCCUACACGUGUGUUCCUACAAACAAAGUUGGCGCGGGAACGAAUGCUAGUGUCAUUGUCGCAGCCGUUGGUAAGUUUACUUCGAUACUUCUCUACAUAAAGAAAAUAGUGUAGCGUUGUUAUUUUGUGACGCACGGUGCUAAAAUCCUUAAUUAAUUUUCCUUAGCCCGCAGUGCAAGCUUCUUAUUAGGGCGAGUUAAUGUUAAGAAGCUCACCGUUUACGCUCACCUCACCGAUCGUUUAAUCAACCGGCCAUGUUUGAUUUGGAGAUAAAGGGAAGGGGACGAGCAGAGGAGCAUUUUGCUGCUUAUGCGCUAUGAGAAUUUUUGUUUGUUGAGAAUAGCCGUUAGCAUGCGCCUGCACCGCGCGUACGUAUUUGUUUCCCCAAGUUUUCGAAUAGAUGCGGUAGUGGUGGAGCACGCAAUACAAGGGCUCGUCUUUUGUGUUUGUUGUCAUUCUUUUGAUAUUUUCUCAAUGUUACUUGGUUUGAAGCGCGAAUAAAUCGAAAAAUGGUUGCGUGGUAUGCGUUUCAAAGUCCCAAUCGCGUUACUUUCAAAAGGCGAAAAGUUAUGAAAAAGAAUUCAAGUGUUGUUUUGGGAUGAUAGGAAGAGUGAUCUAUGCGGAGGACGUUAUUUUUGAAGGAUGUAGGAAGGCUAUUUAAGAACGCAGGCGAACGGGAAAUUAAUUUCAGAAUGUUAGUACUAUGUCAAGUUAUCACUGAACAUUUGAAUUACCACUUUUAACUUCGCAAAAAUUAAAAUUUAACAAAAGUUUUUUGUCGUUCAAAAGUUUGUUGACAUGAAUAGCAACCAAAGGGACGAAUACCCAAACACAAAAGAUCAACGUGGAGUGAAUAAAAGUCAGAUAGCAGUAGUACUAGAGAGAUGGUAGUUGUAUCCAGGGAGAGUUUAUUAGAAAUGGAGGAAAAAUUACGGAUUUUAUCAGAGUAAGUAAACUUUUUUCAAUCAUUUGACCCGGAAAUAUGAGAUUUGGAAGCUGAAAUUAGUAAUAGUAGACACUUGUAAAUAUACUUCGAAAAAAGGAAAGCAUCUUCGUAAAGGUUCAUGAUGUGACGAAUUUCAUUAAUAAUUGAAUACUUUACUCCGACCAAACUACCCCUGAACACAAACAUAUAAGAAUUGCAGCAUUUGUGGAGGGAUAGGUGCAAAGACAUCCUCAGCUUCUGAAUGGAGUGUCUGAAAGUAUGAGAAAAUGUUAAUUAAAACCAUUCAAACCUUUAGACUUCCUAUUGAAAUGUAAAUUACUGAAUAAAGAUUGCUGGCCAAUUCCACCACCUUCCCCCAUUGGUUAAUGAGUCAAUUAUUUCCAAAUAAAAACUUAAUUGACAUGAAUCAAAGACAGAUAUGUACUUGGCAACUUUCUUUUUCAACCUUUUUAAAUAACAAGCAUUCUAUAACAAUCUGAUGGUCUGACGAGACUUAUUGCAGGCAAUAAAAAAGAACUUGUACGACUGAUGGUAUCAUUGAGAAUGGAAGUCAAACUUCUUUCCAUAGCCUGUAUUCCCGAGGAAAAAGGCUGAAUAAAACUAGGUGAGCUAAUCAAAAUAAUGAAGAGAGUUUUGUUAACCUUUCUGUGAUAUCAUACAUUGUGGCAGAAGUAGUAAAGAAACUUGUUUUUGAGAACUACCAAAAGGCUUUUAUAUCAUGAACCCCAAUUAUACUGACUUGCAACGAUAUGAAAUUGAAAUUUCACUUGAAUGCAAAUUUUAUUUUCCACCCACUGUAAGAUGUGACAUGACUGCAAAAAUAGCAUUGGUUAAGAAAAAGAUUUAUGCUGGCAUGGUAGUUAACAAGGCAGAAACAGUGUAUGAUCCAGACGGUUUCAGAGAGUUUUGCAUAUCAGAAGGUGCAACAAAGUUAUUCAACACUGUUCUGGGUUAAGUCACUAGUUUCCGGCAUUCAACAGACGGCAUAUAUCUAGACAAAAAAAGGGUUGUUUCAUCCGUUUAUAAUUUGUGCUACUGCCACAGCCAAACAUGCAAUACUCUUCAAAUGGACCUUGCUCUUUAUCUCAGGAGUAAUAUGAUAAAUCAAGAAGGCAUUAAAACAGAACAUAUCAUGGAGCAUACAUGUUCCAGAAGAACUUAAUAAUGUCAUGCACAAAAUGUCACAGCCUAAUAUCAAAUCUUUUGAAGAUUUUAUAACCACAGCUGCAGAUCGCAAAUGGCUGAUAGUGCUGAUAAUUGAUGAUUUCACAGCCAUUCUCACAAAAAGAAGGCCAGAAGAACAAAAAUUGUCAGAGGCAAAGACCAUGUGUACAAUAGUUGUUACAUGUAAAACUUUUAAAGAUAUUCAAGCUGUACCUGUAACACACGCCCUUUGUACACAUGACCAAAAUAGUAUACAUAUCGAAUUAUGUAUACGACUAAUUACUGCUGCAUCAUCCAUGCACGACAUCAGUAAAAGUUAUGCUUCAGCGAUGCCUGACUGGCUCACAAAAGCAUUUUUUAAUCCUGAAUUUGAGAGACAUAGAAUCAACAUUCGUCAAUGCUGUGACAAUGUCAAUUUGCUAUCAAAAUGUGCACAAAACGGAUGAUUUGCACCAAUUAGAUUUUGUAGAAUAGAGACUGAAGUCAAAGAGGGACUUUGAUACUGCAUAUGAUGAGGCAAUGCACACUGGCUUGGCUGCCUAUGUAAAGAAAUUUAUUGUUUUUUCAGCCAGGGGAUCGGCCAUGCCAAUUUUACUGUUGGCAAAUCACAUAUAAAUCACUUAAGAAGUUUGUUGGCUCUCAUCCAAGACUUUCAGACACUCCUCUGUAACAGGACUAUAUUUUAACUGAUCAUUCCUCAUAUUCUUUUCCAAUGGCAUCUCGAACUACUGACAAUCUUUUGAACAACAGCUUGCCACAAGAAACAUCACAGUCAUCCAUUCUGUCAAUAGUGCUAAGUAUUGAGCCACUUCACAUCUCCUUAAACAGCAGAGAACAUAUUGUUAAUUCCUAUCAUCCGUUUUUCAAAACAUUAUAUGAAACAAUUUUCCCAAAAAGCAAAUUGGCAGAUAAUCCCAAACCUGGAGAAUUAGUAUGAUUUUCGAGAUUGUGUAUGGUGCUUGAACACCUAUACACCGCACUGUAACGGCAAAGUUCUCCUGGUUCAAAGAUGCAGAGUAUGGGACCAUAUUCAGCUAACAAGACAGCUGAAUACCUUUGGUGUUGUCGAUAUAUAGCAUUUCUUUCAAACUUAACAGUUUCUCUGAGUAUUUUAGAGCAAUGAUCAGAAUUUGGAUUAUGUUUACUUGCCUCCAACGCCGGCUCUACAACAAUGCACCACUUCUUUGGAUCAACAGGUGCUCUCACUGGGGAAAACAUGCUUCACAACUGUAGAACCUAACAAGGAAUUGCAUCGCCAUUUUUGAUGAAUAUUCUGUGGAAAACAUCCAUAGCAUACUCCGUUCACAGACAAAAGGCUCUGAUACUGCUGAUGAACUUAGAAACUUUUCCAGUCAGAGGAUAAACAGUCUCACUACAGGUCAUUUUUCACCACACCUAGGCAGUUUUCUUUCUCACACAACCAACUUCGCUCACUUAUAGUAAAAUGUGCCCAAGCACUGUCCUCCAUGUUUAUAAAAAUCUCCCAGAGUCCGGGACAGAGUCUAUUCUCCUCAAACAACAGUUGCAACACAAGUGUUCCAACUCAUGUCCACCUUAAUCCAGCAACCUAACCACUCACGUCUUCCAACCUUAGCUAGAGUCAAACUUACAACCAAACCACACCUUCACCCAAUAAGGCACCUCCCCACUGUAGACAAUGUCACCAUCCUGUUCUUGGACACAAGAGGCUUAACAAUGCACAGGUUAAAUGUUAUUUCUGUGAAAGUGGUUUAUGCACAGUCAGUGAUGACAUCGGUUGCUCAAAUUGUCCUUGUUCGUGGCACACAGCCAACCAGCAUGAGCGCACUCACAGAACUGGCAAAAACCAGUCAGCUUCAUUACCAAGACCAGAUUCCAAUAGUAAUAAUAAUAAUAAUAAUGAUGAUGAUGAUGAUGAUAAUAAUAAUACAAGAAUUUAUAUAGCGCCAUUUCCGUGAGCUCAAUGGCGCUUUACAAUAAUCGUAAUUCUAAGGAAUAAAAAACAUAUGAGUUAUUAAAGAAAAUAUAUAACUGUUGUAGAAAUUAAUUUCUAAAAAAUAAGAUACAAUCGAAUUGCUAAGAUUAACUAAGGAAAAUAUAUACAAUGAAAAGAAAAAGGGGCAGUCAACUAACAAACAAAAGCCUCUCUAAAAAGUAGUGUUUUAAUCUAAAUCUUAAAAAUAUGAAGGUUCUGGAUUGAUCGUAUGUCAUCGGUUAGGGAUUUCCAGAGCCUGGGCGCAGCAACUUGAAAAGGUCUGUUGGUGUCACAAGGAGAUUUUUUGAAGAAGAUCGUAAAUGCCUCGUUGGAGUAUAGGGCUGAAGGAGAUCUGUCAUAAAUUUUGACGCCAUGUUAUUCAGUGCUUUGUACGUAAGAAGUAGUAUUUUGUAUGUAAUUCGUUGUCUGACCGGUAGCCAGUGUAGUCUACGAAGAACUGGUGCUAUAUGUUCUAAGCUUCGCGUUCUAGUCACCAGUCGAGCUGCGCAAUUUUGAACAUAUUGUAGCCUAUCAAUAGCCGAUUGGGGUAAGCCAAGUAGAAGGGCAUUACAGAAAUCCAGUUUAGAUGAAAUAAAUGCAUGAACAAGUGUCUCAGCAUUAUCUUGAGAGAGACAGUUUCUUAUCUUUGCUAUAUUUCGUAAAUGAUAGAAGGCCGUUUUGCAGGUGUUUAUAACAUAUUUCUCUAAGUUGACAUGGGAAUCAAAAAUUACACCUAUUUUUCUAGCAUUAUUAGAGACUUCAAUGUAUUCACCAGCCACAUGAAUACCUUUAAUAGGUGGGUUGACUUUGUGCUUUGGUCCAUUUACAAGGAGCUCGCUUUUAUCUCUGUUCAGGUUUAACAUGUUCGCAAGCAUCCAUGUAUCAGUAUCAUUUAAACAUGACUCAAUUGCUUGCACAGAAGCUGCUUCAUCAUGAAGCUUGAAUGAGCAGUAAAGCUGGGUGUCAUCAGCGUAAAAAUGACAUGAUAGGCCAUGACUUCAGACAAUGUCGCCAAGCGGGAACGUAUACAACAAAUUAAAUAUAGGCCCCAGCACAGAUCCUUGGGGCACGCCACACCGCAAGUCCUUGCUACACGAUGUUGCUCCCUUAACACUGACUACUUGUUUACGAUUCUCAAGGUAGGACUUAAACCAACGCAGGGCUUUGCCAUCAAUGGAGGUCGGUAAAUGACAACGAAUCUUAUGCUUCCGAUGGGAUAUUCAGCAAGCGCAAGCAUACUCUCAAAGAAACUAAAAUUCGCUGAACACAGCUUCUUAACUCGGACUGAUUUCUCAACUAGAAUACCAACUGCACCGCCUCUUGAGUUCUCUCUAGGAGUAUGAUAGAAAAUAUAUCCUUUCAGGCAUCCUUUUACUCGCCAACAAAAAGAUUGUCACUCUUCCCUGAGUGAAGCCAAGUCUCUGUUAAGGUAAGGAUGUCAAGAUCACGCUCAACGGUGUAGUUCCUGAGCGACAGUGCUUUGUUUUUAACAGAUCGUACAUUCCAUAAACAGAUAAAAUAAUAUAAUGACUGCGACGACGUCAGCGACGACGAGUUAGAAUGUUGUGAAAUUAACUUUUAUGCAGUUCGAUUCAUCACAUGUGCAAGAGCAGCUAGUGGUCUCUUUUUUUCGGUCAGUACAUCUGACAGGAAUCUUACAAGUGCUUCUGCUAAUCGGCCCUGGCAAAGGAUGAACAUCGCCACUUAGAGAGAUCGUCAAAGCAUUGAAAUUGAACGUUGAUUCUCAGACUACUCCUUCCUACAUCUUGAUGUAACUGAGUGGCUACUGCCCUCAGAAAUUUGCCGUCCUCCAUUGGUGGAAGACUAAGUGGUGGUAUUGCCUGCACUGUAAUUGCAGCUCUUGCUGCACUCGAUUUUCUGGCAGGAACCCUUCAAAUUCCCAUUCAGUUACAAGACCUCAACAUCACUAUACCUAACAGGUAAUUUAGUGUUAACAACUGGGUUGAAAACGUAAAUUAGCCACCGUAAAGGGUAAAAAAGCUGACGUUUCGAGCGUUAGCCCUUCGUCAGAGCGAUUAGAGGAAUUGUGGGUUGUGUGUGGAUUUAUAUGUAGAAAGUGGAGCUACGCCAUUGGUGGGAAUGUGGUGACGAGAAAACAGGAAUAAAUGAGUUGAAUGAAAAGCGCUCGUUGAUUCCGUGGGGAUUAAGGGUGCCGAUUUGGAAUAUAAAUUUUUGUUCUAGUGUUUUACGGCUUUCCGAACUGCCUAGAUGUAAGGAAAGGCCGCAAACUACCAUAUGCUGUUUAGAAUGAUAAGGAAGAUUAAAGUGUCUAGCGACUGGUUUGGAUGCGUCCUUGUCAUUUCUUUCCACAUCGCGAAGGUGUUCUCGGAAUCGGUCACCCAGUCGUCUUCCUGUUUCGCCGAUGUAUAACUUAUUGCAAUAAGUGCAAGUUAUGCAGUAAAUAACAUUGGCGGAGGUACACUUAAAGUGAUCAAUGAUCUUAAUGGAUCUUUUGGGUCCCGAUAUUUUCUCUACGUUAUGAAUGAAAGGACAAGUUUUGCAUCGUGAGCGAGCGCAUUUAAAAGUUCCAGAUUGGUCAUAGGUUUGAAAUGAACUCCUGACUAAAAAGUUGCCUAUGUUUUUGUCACGUUUGAAUGAAAUAAGUGGGGGUUGCGAAAAGAUAGUGCCAGUCUCUGAAUCGUUUUGGAGUAAUUUAAAAUUUUUAAUGCCAAGCUUGAAGAAACUUACCAAGGAGCUACGCCAGGAAAUCGUAAGUUACCUUUUUCCUUUCCCCCCUAUUAGUAAAGAUCUAGCAUCCUGUUUAGCCGUUCUCAUUUUCGCCAAAACUAGGUUUUGUAGUCACAUCCAUUUCAUCGGCCGUUGCCUUCAUUCCUAAGUUAUUCCUAAGGGUUUUCGCUCCAAUUUUCACACAUCUUCUUUUUCUCAUUCGAAUCAAUAUCGUCACCAAAUUCAGUGCGCCCAAAAUUCUUUUUCACGUAAUAUUAUGAGAAUCACAAUCAGAGCUAUGUGCCAAAAACGUAACAAACUCACCGAACAAAUUCUACAUUGCCACUCUGAACUUUCCAAAAUCUGUCCAGCUGUUUUAGUACAAUCCAUUCGUGCCAAAAUUCAGGAUGCCAAUUCUAAACUUUUUAAACAUUUGCACCAAAUUAAGGCCCAAAAACUCGACCAACUUAUCGGCCCUCAAGUUACUAACGACUCAUCGCCUAUAAACCUCAAGACUGUAGUUACCAUUCCAGAAAAUUUACUACUUUCCGAUUCAGAAAAAUCAGUUCUCAGCAAGGGCUUAAAUUUUGUUCCCUUAUCACAAAAAACCGACGAAUUUUCAGUUAAGCAAGACGUUGAAAAAUUCCUUCGCCGCGUUCAGUUGAAAGCCUUUUUUCAUGACAAAGAGGAUGAUUCUAACACCUCGAACAACGAUACUUUCGAAACACUCCAGAUUCGAAAGUCUAAAUGGACUCCCCCAGAGGGCCAGUUCUCAUCUUUAGAUUUUUUCCUCAAAAAAUGUCGCCACGAUAUCAACAAACUUAAAUUCAAUCGUAACACCAAAUUUUCCAAUCUUUCUUCGGAAGAGUGGUCGGCACUAAAAAGUCUAAAAAAACGCAAAGACAUUGUCAUUAAGGCGGCCGACAAAGGCGGCGCAGUUGUUGUUUGGCGGACCGACCUCUAUCAAAAAGAAGCUUUGCGGCAACUUUCUGACACCUCCUUUUAUGCCAAAGUCGACAAAGACCUCACUUUAAUUAACCAAAAAAUUGUCAAAAAUACGAUUAACGAUCUUAUAGCUAAACAAGAAUUACCGGCCACUGCUAAAAAUCUCAUCAUUACUACUCCUAGAACUUCAUGUAUUUACUUUUUACCUAAAAUCCACAAACCUAACAACCCAGGUCGACCCAUCGUUUCUGCCUGCAGUUGUCCCACUGAACUUAUUUCCAGCUAUUUAGACAAAAUUAUGGCACCUAUCGUCAAAACUCUACCGUCUUACAUUAAGGACAGCCAACACGCACUUGAAAUUUUUCGUGACUUUAGUUUCCUCGACCAAAACAAACUUAUUUUCACCAUGGAUAUAACAUCUCUUUACACUGUCAUUCCCAGUGACGAAGGUCUCCAGGCCCUCAAACACUUUUUUGAUCUACGCACUGUUAAGGAACCUGGCUCUGAAACACUACUCCGUCUGGCCGAACUAGUACUCACACUCAAUUGUUUUUCAUUCGGUGGUAACUACUACAAACAAACUAAUGGCGUGGCCAUGGGUACUAAAAUGGGACCCAGCUACGCCAAUCUUUUUGUAGGUUUUAUCGCACAUCAAUUUUUAGCCAAUACCACGGCCCAAAACCUCAACUCUACGGCCGCUACAUUGACGAUUGCAUCGGCGCUACCUCCUCUACCAAGGAGGAGCUCACUCAAUUUAUAACCGCCGUCAAUUCCUUUCAUCCGGCUCUUAAAUAUGCCUGGGAAAUUUCCGACACUUCUUUGGCUUUUCUAGACAUCAAAAUUUCAAUUGAAGGCAACGGCUUAUGUACUAGUGUUUACUACAAACCUACAGAUUCACAUAGUUACUUGUUGUGUUCAUCCUCACAUCCAUCACACGUCAAGAACUCCAUACCUUUUUCACAGUUUCUCAGACUUCGUCGUUUAUGUAGUGACGACUCUGAUUUUUCCGAAAAAUCAGAGGCAAUGUCCCAGUUUUUCGAUAAACGCGGCUAUCCUGUUUCUGUCGUUCAAGCGGGCUACCACCGUGCCCAACAAAUCGAUCGACAGGCAGCACUACAAACGGCCGAGAAGGAGAACACUGACCGCAUUCCAUUUACUCUUACAUUUCACCCUCACAACCACGCAGUUAAAUCUAUCAUUCUUAAAAAUUUUAAAUUACUCCAAAACGAUUCAGAGACUGGCACUAUCUUUUCGCAACCCCCACUUAUUUCAUUCAAACGUGACAAAAACAUAGGCAACUUUUUAGUCAGGAGUUCAUUUCAAACCUAUGACCAAUCUGGAACUUUUAAAUGCGCUCGCUCACGAUGCAAAACUUGUCCUUUCAUUCAUAACGUAGAGAAAAUAUCGGGACCCAAAAGAUCCAUUAAGAUCAUUGAUCACUUUAAGUGUACCUCCGCCAAUGUUAUUUACUGCAUAACUUGCACUUAUUGCAAUAAGUUAUACAUCGGCGAAACAGGAAGACGACUGGGUGACCGAUUCCGAGAACACCUUCGCGAUGUGGAAAGAAAUGACAAGGACGCAUCCAAACCAGUCGCUAGACACUUUAAUCUUCCUUAUCAUUCUAAACAGCAUAUGGCAGUUUGCGGCCUUUCCUUACAUCUAGGCAGUUCGGAAAGCCGUAAAACACUAGAACAAAAAUUUAUAUUCCAAAUCGGCACCCUUAAUCCCCACGGAAUCAACGAGCGCUUUUCAUUCAACUCAUUUAUUCCUGUUUUCUCGUCACCACAUUCCCACCAAUGGCGUAGCUCCACUUUCUACAUAUAAAUCCACACACAACCCACAAUUCCUCUAAUCGCUCUGACGAAGGGCUAACGCUCGAAACGUCAGCUUUUUUACCCUUUACGGUGGCUAAUUUACGUUUUCAACCCAGUUGUUAACACUAAAUUACCUGCUAUACUCUCCCACCGACGCAGCACUACAGUUUCUUUAGAAACUUACCCCUUUAUUCACUAUACCUAGGUAUACUAAUGCCAUGAUAAAGAGAAAUCAGUUACAUAACUCUUUCGACCUGCCAGUUCAGCUACCAAAUUUGUAAGUCAGGCAAUUCCUUUAGCAUGGACAAAGUGAUAGACAUUUGUAGAAAACUAAAAUCAUUUCAGACCUGGGUUUCUUUACUGUAAGAGACCUUGAAGACCACCUCACACAACACCAUGAUAUGCAUCCAUCAUUUGCAGCUGUAUUGAUUGUGCCAACAGACAAGUAAAAUGGUACUUUGUUUUAAUCAAACAAGUAUUUUUUUUAUUAAAUCCAUUGAAGAAUUGAUUAUAAGGUUCAAGCAUAGUAGUUUUAAAACUGAAAUAAAUGUUGAAAAAGGUUCAGUUAGACAUUAGAAAAAGGGAAGGAAAAUGAUAAUUGAGUACUUGUUCAUUUGUUGCAAGACAGCAAGUUUGAUUAAGUUAGUCUUCAAGCUUCGUCUAAAACUUUGAAAUAAAACUUAUUUUGCAAGGCAGAAGCUUACAACUGAACUAGACAUUACAGAAUAAAAAUGACGUCAUUCAUUUCGUAAAGCUUAUGAACAUGAAGAGAGCGUCACCUGUUUAAACUCGUGAGGAAGAGUCUACGCAUUUUUUAGAGGCAAUUGGAAUAAUUAGACCGAAAGCCAAAUAAAUAAACAAUUGCCUGACAGUGGUAAGGGAUUUGCGGGGAGUGAGAUAAAUAAGUUCUAUCGAAGUUUUUCCUCCAUUUAGCACCUGAAGCCCAUAAAAGAAAUUGAGAAAACUCAGGAAAAAUUAAGCUUAAGCCAGAGUUGAUUAACACGAAACUAUACCGUUGCUAGGACACAUGCCUACCUACCAUGUUCAACAGACUUGGAGAGCAAAAGGGUCAAAGACAGUUGUGAGCAAUGACUUGGAAAAUCCGCCUCAACCUCCUAAAAACGAGUUCGCCGAAGGUUGUAGUAAGAGCAACUCAAUCCUGAAGCUGGGACAAUUUUUGAAAGCCUCGUGUCCUAGGUGAAUACUAAGAGAAAGAAAAGACGAUGUUAUUUAAAGUGAUUUGAACCUCGAGGGCCACCUGAUGAUCGGAUCAAAUAUCUCACGAUCAUCUUCACAUACAACUUUGUGAUUUUUACAAGUAAAACAUCAACCUCUUAAAACUAACCUUCAAGGUUUGCUAUUUCAUCUGCACAUCUUGAUCUUCAGUAAAUCAAAUCUCAAACUUCAGGUUUUCGGGCUUAGUUCGCGUUUUGUUCGCACUUUGAUCAUUAACAUAUCCUCAUCCGAGGGGCCAGCAAAAACCACGAGUAUCCACAGAGCUAGAAAUAGUGGUAGACUUGUCGUUCUCUUUCAUCCCUCUCCAAAACAUAUCACAAAAAGGUGUCGAUCCCGCGGAAACGCACUGAAAAUAUCAAAAUGGCGCCGAACGCGCCGAACAAAAUUCUAUUGGCGCAUGCGCUGCAAAAUGCCCCUCUGCUAAGGGGGCGGGGACAAUGUCACUUGCCCUGGUACAAAUUUCUUUCUCUUCCCAUUUUUUCGCUGCCAUUAAAAUCAAGGGUGGCGGCCAUAAUUUUCGCUAAGGAAAUACUGAGCUCUCGCUUGCCAAUUUACGCCUGCUCCGCAGGCUAAUUUCGCCUUGGUAUAGACAACUGACCGUGCCUUUCUGGUCUUCAUUCCCAUGGCAAUGGUGAGAUGUUUUACAUCUUAUUAGAUGUUUCCAAUACAUUUGAUAGUACUGUCUUGUAAAGUCAUGAAAAUUGGCUCAUAACUGCUGAGUUACGAGUGCUCAAAUGCGAUGUGCUUCUGGUUAUUCACAGCAUUAAAAUGAUCAAUGUAGUUCUUUUAUAUUUCAUGGAAAAAUAUAAUCCUUUUGAUAUGGUUAUAACUAGUAUGAUAAUCAUAAUUUCUCAUAUGAAAUCGUAAUUUUACUGGUAUUCAUCAGGAAGUUUAUCUUUUAUCAGAUGCUCCAAACGUCACAGUUUCACCAGAAGUGAAAACCGUCGUCGAAGGGAGCAACUUGAAUUUGACAUGUGCUGCGUCUGGCAAACCAAAUCCCAACAUAAAAUGGACUAAGGUUGGCAGUUCUGACUUUUUUAUCUAAUGCCUCGCUUCUUACUGUUGUAAAUGCAACCAGACCCAGGACAGCAAACAGCACAAUCCAGUAUCAGUGCAUAGCUAGUAAUGGAGUGGGGACACCUGCUACGGCUACAGCCAGCAUCAUAGUAAACUGUAAGUAUGAAGGUAAAAUAGUUAUACGCUGAGUAUUAUUAUUUGUAGUCGAAUACUUUCCCCUUUUUGAUGUCUUUUCAGUUCAGAAAUCUUGUUUUUUGUUACAUUUUGGCAACGGUUUCUCAUCAGUUCUCGAAAUAAUUUAUGAUCCCGCUCAGGAUCAUAAAGACGACUUGAUAAUGGUGUUACGAUUUGCCCUCACAAAGUGGUCGAAAUGUGAACUUUAGGAUCUCUCUACUGUGGCCAUUUCACGUCAUCAACUUAGCUGAUAAAACCAAAUUAUCUUAGAUUACUUUCAUCUGCUUGCCCAAUUUUUUUAAUGAUACUUAAACGUACAUUUGGCUCACGAAGGACAUCGGUGACGAUUCUGCUAAUGCCGAGGAAAGAGUUCAUAGGAGGGAUACAGAUGGAGAUGGGGCGGGUAGUAAAGUCUUUUAUGUUUAAGUCGCGUUACAGGUUGGUUCAGAGAACAGUCAAGAUUCGUUAAAGAUUCUGUCACUUCUUUAUGGAAAGAGACUUUUCUUUCCCACAGCAAAGGAAUUGUAUGUUGUAAAGUAGGGACAACGGUUUACCAUUGAAGACGUAAGGUUUUAAUACUCUGAUUCCUAAAUAUACAACUUUUAGAAGAGCGACAUACAAAAAUGAAUCAAUGAGCCAUAGAAACGAAUAAACACAAAAGACAUACACGAAUCUUUUAAAACUAAAAUUAUGCAGAUUCCAAGUUCUUUGCACGAGGUAUUUUAAUCGCACGGAGUAUUAUAAUUACGGUGUACAACAAUCAUCUGUUCAAAGAUUAAGUCUGGCCACUGAACGACGGACCCGUUCAGAUCGGCGAAUAGGUACAGUCAUGCGUGAUUCAGUAUUGCCCUCCUCAUGGGACGUGUUAUCCGUCGCUUUUAGAGCAUGUCCAGGUGGUAAAAGAGGUUGUGGCAACUCGGUUUGGCCACUGUAGUCUCCGUUCCGUCAGGAUACCGAACAUGGGCGUAGUAGGGGUUUGCCUGGAGCAAUUCCACUUCAUCGACCUAAGGUUUCAUUUUGUCGGCGCGAACCUGACGUUUCACGAAGAUGAGUCCAGGUGUAGCUGGCACAAGGGUAGGAUUAUCGAGAGAAAUUAAAAAAGCGCUCGCAUGGUGUUUGAUUGAUAGCUGUAUAUACAGUUGAACAAAGGGGUGAAUGUUAGUGUCUUGUGGCAAGUUCAUGACGGGUAUAAACUUCAUUCCUAGGCUUCACAAGAGGGGCUUGUAAAACUUCCAUUACCACCAUAAUUAAUACACCCUUCAUGUGUUUGGGGAUCGCAGCUGGAACGAAAUUGGCCAGCACUUUCAGUUUGUCAAGAUCUGCUCAUGGAGUUGCUGCGAUUCUUUCAACACUUCAUUUCUUUCGAGCCUCCGCUACUAUUCAGAUCACUUUCAAGGCGCUCUAGACGAGGUACUAUAUCCAUAGAACCAGGUUAUUAUAUUGGUGUAAAGUAGAGACAACAUUUUACCACUGAAGACCCAGGGCCGGUUUUUUAAGCAAAGUUUAGACGUUUUUGAACAAAACUGUCCAUUUUCAAUUUAUCCGAACCUGUUAUCUCAACGUUUAUUUAUAUGAACAUUGUCAAGAGAGCCGAAAGCUAAAGAUGAGAUGACAUGCAUUUAAUUAAAUUAACCCUGUUAUGGAGAAUCCCCGAUGCUUACCUGCGUAAAAUCGCUGCCUGGGUUAGAUCUUGUGUAACUGAGUAGCCAUUCGAAACCUUAGUUUUCUAGCUAUCUUUUUUUGUUUUGCGCUGUCGAUCAUGGAGAAACUCUCGUGAAUUUGGAUAAAGCAAAUCAACUGCCGCGCGAAUUUGGAAGAGUGAACGUUUGGCCAGCCGACGAAAUAUACUGAAAAACGACGGACUCGUUCAUAGUAAAUCUUCACUUCAUGUUUUCAUUUUUGCCAUUCUCUUUUCGAGCUUCGCACGGAAGAAAGGAUGAACGCGAAUGCGAAAAAGGAAGAAGGUGGAAACUUCGCGUUAACGUACGCAGUGCGAAUACCUCUGAAACGCCGUGAGUGAAAAUUUAUGUGUCGUUAUGUGUCUUCCAAUUAAGUCUGUCAGGGACGCAGCAAGUCAUUUUUGGCAUGUAGGCCUGUUCCAUAUCACAUAAGUAUAGUGCAGUCGGGGAAGGCCGGGGAAGUCAAGUAGGCCUACGAUUUGUGCAACUCAUGCUUUAUUACCGCUCAAGGUGGCUAACAUAUAAGAUAAAGAACUUUAUUAAUGAAUUCUUAGCAACUAAACGAGAUCUGAUUUGAAGCUAUAACGAAUUGUACUGUACAACCCAGGACUACUGGACUGAAUGCCGAGCUAAGUAUCUGAAGUAAAGCUUUGUAGAAUCCAAAGUAUGGCAUCCUAUUUUUCUUGCCGCAAAACUCACGAGCCACGGCCUCCCCGUCAAUGGCUAUGUCAUUGUACGCGAGCAAGGGCUGAGAGUCGCUCCGUCCAUAUGGUUGCCCUUAGAUACGUCUUGACUUUACGCAUCAGACUAAAACUUCGCUCAGGAGUUGCAGUUGACAGAGGCAUCGUGAGAAGGAUCGUGAGGAUGGUGUUAACCUUUCGAUAAAGAGUUAUAUUUUAUGCAGUCGAGAGUGUCAGCCAGAGUCGUUGGUCGUUCUUCGGUUGAAUGCGGCCUCUUUGUUUUCCACCGCAACAUCUCGUUCUCGUGCUCUCUCUUGUCAGUCAGAUCUCUUGAGUACACCCUAUACAUCUUACUCUGGACGUCGUUACCAAAUCCUUGCAAGUUUAUUGGGAGAAGAUACUGGGCUAGGAAGCGAUCCUCCCGCGAUAAGAGCCUGUCGUUUAUUUCUUGAAUAUGAUGAUCAGUAGGAGGGAGGUACACAGCUCUUUGCCAGUAGGACUCUGGGUUUGUGGUUGGGACAUUCACCCUGUGUUGUUGCCUUGCAGUUGUUCUUGGAAUGCAUGGCCAAUGUAAAACUCAGCUGCAAUUUGUUUCCCCUACACAAACAAUUCCUUCCAAAUCGACGGAUUGCCUCGCUCAGCUUUUAUGAUAUUUAUGACGACUCUCGCUUCUUGGGCUGCCUCGAUGAGAUCUACAUUAUUUCCUUGAAACAUAGUUGACAAGGCAACUUUGUUGGAAAGGACGUGCUCAGCUGCACAUAGAGUAAUAAUAAAAUCAAACUGCUCGUCAGAGCAUAAGUAGCCCCUUACCUUAACAUCGCCAUCCUGGGACAAGAUCUCGAGCGCCUGAACGACGACUGGGAAAGCUGCACGGAAGAUGUAUAAAGCAUCAGCCCUACACGCCCAUCUUGUCACAAAGUUCGAAGCUUUGCACACCUAUUCAUUUCUUCUCGGACUUAGGCGUUCUGAUCAAGAGACUCCUGAAAGGCCAGCAGUCGCUUUGCUGAAUAGUCCAAUGCAAACGCGAUGGUUUGUAUAGUGCUUAACAUAUUGCGUAUCAAGGGCUCCCCACAAGCGUCACCAAUGGCAAGAUUAAGGGAGUACGCCUUACAAUGGCAAUACGCUGCCUCUAGUACCUGUUGUCGUGUGACGGCCUGUACUCUUCUGUGUACACCUGACAUAUUUGCAGAAUUGUCAUAUCUUUGUGUUCGCAUUUUAUGGAUGUCAAUUCCAAAGUCAGUAAGGGUGUUCAUGAAAUUUUCAGUUGGUGCUACUCCCUUCGGGCUUUCUGCCUCUAAGAACCCUAGAAAGUCCUCUCUCACCCCUUCCUUGUUUUCUCCUUCCUUUCUGUGCACGAAAUUGAUUGGUACAUAUUGAGAUGUGCUCCUUUGUUCCAAAAUCUGUAGUUCAUCUGCCAAGAGAGCAAAAAGGGGGCACUACUGCAGUUCUGUAACAAUAACUUACGGAUGUAAUCGUCACAACGUUCAAUGAGCUCAUUCUGGAUAUCCGGCGAAGUGUACUUUGGAAUUGCUCUGCUUUCAUCGCUAUUCAAGUGACCUGCAUGCACAGGAUCAGUCUUGGCUCUAAACUGAAAGAGGGUAGGAAAAUUUCUGUUUUCUUGCCUGUGUCCUCUUAGCGCAAAAUUUUGUUUGCCACAUAGCAAUACUAUAUCAAUGAUUGCUUGAAGGAUGUGCCGAUUUCUUUCAACAGUUUUACUAAUUUUUGAGGCGAGAUGACUGUAAAUAUCUUUUUGGUUGCCGCUUGAAAUGUGUACAAAAUUAUCACCCUUAAUAACAGCGUCAUGGUGGGGGGACAACUCACAGGUGUGUAACUUGACUAGCCUCCCAAUGUUAGACCAGUCUGACACACCCUUGAUAGAAACAAAUGAUCCUUCCUGUUGAGACACUUUUUCCUGCUGGCCAAACAACGCACAAUAAACGCACACUACCGAGUCAUUAGUCAUUAGCCAUUGGGGAUUCAGCUUUCUUUGUUUAUUACAAGUACAUGUGGCCGAAAUCUGGAACUUUUGACAAUCUGGCCAUGCCUCAGUGAGGCAACUCAAUUCUUACUUUCUCAUUCUUCAAUUCAUCAUGACUAAGCACUCCAAUGUCUGGAUAUGAUGGCAAGUUAAAGACUCCGUGUGAACGAGACAAAGCGAGUGGUGUGUUUGCUUCCUCGUUCUCAACGUGGCCUACAUGAGAAAUUGUCGCGGUUUGCCCGGUGUCCACCGAAUCGCCCUAGAUAUCCGAAUGUCUCACUCCAACAGGACGGAAAAAAUAUGUAAUGUUACGGUUGCUGGACGCCAUAUUUUCUCAUAUUUUUCGUUUGCAAUGGCCUAUGAAAACGGUGAAUUGCCGCUGCCUGAUCAAAAAAAAAAAAGGUUCAAUUCCAAACAUUUUUCAGACGUGGUUUUCUGCAAUUAUUUUAAAGCGGCCAAUUAGAAACCGAUAAAUUUUUUCGCUAUCAUUAUUACUUUUAAGUUUUUAAAAAUCCUUCUGCAAAGUAAAAUCGAUACGUUUAAUAGACAUGCCUUGUAGAACAAAUACCAAAAACCUUCACCCGAUAAAAAUACUGCGAAAGCAUUGCUUUGCAUAUUAUAUCAAACAAUGACAAAUUUUAAGAAAACCCGCAACCAAGAAUGCAUGUGUUACAUAUAAAUGCAUUCUAAAUAUAGAAGUAGACGUGGGGUAGAAACCCGAAAAGAAGGUUGGGGACACGAGCACUUAAAUGGUCUUCAUGAGUGGGUUUUUUUUCUUUUUGCAAUUUUCUUUCCUAGUACGUUCUAAUAGUCACUUAAAAAACUAGUACUUUUAGCUUUGCUUUCAUGUCCAAAUUGAGCACUCUACUAGGAUGAGUCAUUGCUGCUAGCAUUAUGCAUGCUCACUAGUUUUUCUAGUUUGAGCACUCUGGCAUGGCUUAGAUGAUCCCACAUAUCUGAGAUCACUUGGGGUGGCUAUAUGGUCUUACCUCCAUCCUAGCAUCAGCACUGCACUGAUGAGGCCCAGAAGGCCGAAACAGUACUGUCUGCAGUUAUAUAUAUAUAUAUAUAUAUAUAUAUAUAUUCCAAGAAAAAAUAAAUAUUCCGAGAAAAGUGAUGAGACUACCUUUUGCUCUUUUCUGUUAAUUCGUCUACCGAUCUGAACUUAACUCAGUCCCAUCUCUGUGGUUGAUAUAAUCUUCUAUAAAAUUGAAAAUCUACCAUAGGGUGAAAAAUGAUCCUAAAAGCAAGGGAAUCGAUUCUACAUUUGAAGAUUUCAAAUCUGUGGAACUCAUAUCACCAGAGAAAUGUUUUUGCGACAUUGUUCACUUCAAACUUUUCUUUAGAUAAGUUACGAGGGCUGAAUUUCACAUCAAAUCAGUUUUGCAUUAGGUAUGACAAAGCAUUUGUCAUGAAAACUCUUAUUCACUUCGGUGGAGUAAAAAUUAGCUUUAAAAACAUACAUGUAGUUUUCUGGCUGAACUACCACGAGUCUCCCACAGUUCAGUACUAGAACAUGCGUCCUACAGCUUGGAGCAAUUGGAUUUUCAUUUGCUGAGUAUGCUUGUUACACAAAAUGAAAAAUACUACAUUUUUUCUUCUUAUUCUUGUUUUGUUUUGUUUUUUCAAUCAAAGAUCCAGCGAUGAUUACAAACCCUGGAAAUCAAACAUUUAGUAAGAAACCUGGAGAAGAGGUUAGCUUUUCUUGUUAUAAAGACGGUUACCCAACACCAACAGUUACCCGGACAAAGGACGAUGUCGUCAUGAAUUGGAAUUCUGAAGAUAAUCCCAGUAAAGUGAUUUUUCAAGUAAAAGAGUCCACCCUUGGUUGGUAUCGCUGCAAAGUAGAAAACGAACUAACCAUGGUUUUCAAAUGGUUUCACCUCAGUAAGUAGAUUUGAUCUAUUUAUUUUAUCUAAUGUUAUGAAACGUAGUGAGACGGUGAGUUGUAUAAGAGAGAGAGGAACGAAUGUCACACCGUAGAUUGUCUGGAUCAAUGGUGCGCAUUUUACGCGAUGUGAGGGUAAGCCCAGCUUAGGUUGUCUCGUGAUAGCCAAGGUGCAAUGAACAGCGAAGUGAUCAGAGAUAACCGGGUCAUUCACUGAUAAAUUUAAGACGGUCGCUUCGCCGGAUCCAAUGAUUAUGAGGUCCAGGACGUUUUUGUUUUUAUGUGUCGGGGGGUACACAUUACGGAUUUCCAGAUUGAAACAGUUUAAGAGGUCAAGAAACCUAUUGGUGGUGUUGUCAGAUGGAUCGUUGACAGGAAAAUUGAAAUCACCGGCUAGAAGAAGAUAGCCAAGAGAAGACACUAGCCUCUCCAGCAGCGAAGGAAAAUCAUAAAAAAAAAGUAGCACAUGUAAGAACGUUCUUGACAGAAUUUGGAGGACGGUAAAUAAUGAUGAUACGUAUGAUGGAUGGGGAAGAGUGAAGCAGUGGUUCCUUAAAUUCAAACGAUUUACACGGAUCGGAUUUAAUAUACCAUUAGGUCUUGGUGUAUGAACAAAAGCUUAUCCAAUGGGACUGAUAUCACGAAUGAUGUAGUCGGAGCACUCAUCCGGUUUAAGCCAAGUUUCUGUUAAAGCAAGAAUGUCGAUGUUUUUGUCUACCACAUAUUCUUUAAUUUGUAAUGUUUUCUUGUUGAUGGCUCUUGCGUUUAGAAGGCAGAAAUUUAUCGAAUUUGCAGAUGAAGAGUUCAACCUGACGUUUGAUCAGCACCAAGUUAUUUAAAUUAGGUCCAACAGUUAAUUUCAAAGUUGAGGGAUUACGAACAAUCCAUACAGGACUAAUUUUGUGGAGACCACGUGAUUGCUUUAUGGACUUGCCUGCUCGAGUGCGGCGUGAUCUAAGAAUCCCCUGAAUAUUCAGGAACUGGUAAAGGUCGGGUUGAAGUCUAGAUUGAGCUCUCAGAUCUAGCAACUGCUGUCUUGAAUAAUAAAAUUUCCUGGACGCGGCAGUAAUAUGCAAAUCUCUGUCUGAAAAAGCGGAUCGAUGAAGUAAAGAAUUUUCGAGAUCAGGACGGGGAUUGCAGUGAACAUCCAUGCAUACGAUAAGAUCGAUGCCUAAGAAAGAACGAGGAAGAGCCAAAGUGAUCAGUCCAUGCCUUGUUGUUUUGGAGAUUGGAAGCGAAAGUUUGUCAGUUAUGAAUCCAGGCGGUCGACGCUUGAAGUGAAGGCGAACGUUGAAGUAAAAGCAUUUAAAAUUGUCCGGUGUGGGAUGAACUAAACUCCAAAAUCCUGCUUCAUAACCGGGAGUACUUUAGAUCUUUAAAAAUGGAUUUCUGUUGACAAUAAAAGCAAGCAAGAGAGGAAAACAACAAAAAUAUACAGAGGGUGAGGAGCAGUGAAUUGUAACCGGCAGCCACAUUGGCGCAUAUUUAGAACUAUUUGUCAGAUUAAACCAGAUAGGAAUGGUUCGAAAGGUUUUUUUCUAGAAGUAAUUCUGCCACUUGAACAUUUACAUAACAUGUAAUUGAGGAGUUUCGUAUCUGUCGAGUACUCGAGUGUCGAGUAGUAGAAAGAUACCUCUGCAUCUUCUUACCAUUAGACGGGACACUUGUCUGAUGGUAACUCAGAUUUAAAUAGUGAUGAUGACUAUACUGAUGGAACGGUAAAUUGGUGCAACAGCGAUAUGGCGUAAUAUCAAAAACAAGAAAUGAAGGAAUAUCCUAAAACGUGGAAUGCCUUGUUGUAUGAAACAAAAGUCUCACAAAGACAGAAUUGUGAUGAAAUAAGAAAACUAUUUGGAAAUAACAGGCAAAUUUAAAGGAAUUAUUGUCUAAUAAUUGUUGGAGCCCAGAGGAUGGAGGAACCGUGAGACUUUUAAGCAGUCCCUCUAAAUUAACAUGAUGAAAGAAUGCGCCAUGAAAUAAAAUGAUCAAUGUUAUUUUCUUUAAGGGUCCAGAUAUGUUUGCUGAGUUCGAUAGAAUUUCUGUCUGUUGAGUGCCGGAAUGAUGCGGUGUGGUUUCUGUAACUAGUCUUGAAGUCGUUUUCCAUAAGUCCAAUAUAUGUUUCAGUGGUAGGUGCUGCUUUCCUUAAGCGUGACGGUGGCUUGGUAGAUAAGAGAUGAUUGGAGGCAGUUUCCGUUAAGUGGGCUUGUGUUCUUCUGUUGGCAGUUACAAGCUUUGGUGCCUUUUUUGUUGGUGUUAUUUGCAGUGUCAUUGAUGUGUUUGGAUGAAUUUAAAAUGCAUUUGUCGUGGUUGUUGAUGAUCUGUUUAGUUUUAUUCAUGCAGCUGUAACUGAUCUUGAUUGUGUUACGACUAAAGAUUUUCUAAGUUUGUAGUCUUUCGGGAAGGGCUUGUCUACAAGGGCAAGGAAUCUGUUUCCGAUAUUGGAGCUGACGUUUUUGCUGAAGGGGGGUUGUACCAGAGUAUGUUGUUCCGUUGUCUGUUGUUUCGUUUGUGAGUUUUGGAUGAUUCGUAGUGUAGAGUGUACCGGUAUCCGCAUUCUUCGAGCGCUUUUUGGUAUGGAGAAUCGGCUUAGUCGAUGGAUGCUUUGUCGGAUGAGAGGGAUGACAGUCUUUUGUUGAUGCCGGUUGUAUGUUCUUUGUGGUGGUUGGUGGGUGGUUGCUCUCGCAGUGGACGCAUUGUAGUGUGGUUUUAGGCUUUGUGAAGGGCUGGUAGGUGUUUUUGUUUGGGUUGAAAGUGACGUCUAAGAAAUUGAUGGUCUGUUUCUUGGCUUCGAUGGUGAUCCGUAGUCCAUUGUGAUCCGUAGUCCAUUGUCCAAAUGUUGUAUCGCACUUCUUUUGCUAGGGUUUUUGUUUGUGCAUAAGGAUCGAAUGUUUUGCGAGGGUUUUCCAAUACACCCAAACCGGUCUAUUUUUUCUUCUUCCCGUUAGAUCAUCCACCGAGACCUCGCUGCUCGUAACGUGUUGGUCAGAGAAAAUGAAACGUGUAAAGUAACAGAUUUCGGAAUGGCUAGAAAUGUGCAAGAGGAAAAUAUCUAUGAGAGGAAGACAAAGGUAAUAAGAAAGAAAUAAGCUUUGCUUCAUCACAUGACAUGUAUUUGUUAUGACUGUGCUCUAUUCUGUUGCAAAGCGCGCAGGAAGCGGCUACAUCGCGAAAGAAAUGUAGAAAGAAACACCCGACUACGUCGCGUGUUUCUCCCCUCUUAUUGAGUGCUUCGCCUCUUCUUGCUUCUUCUUCUUUCUUUACAAAGAACAGAGCACGGUAAAGGCUAUGAUGAACUUUUAGGGUAUUGUCCGAUGACCAGGUAAGAUAGGGAGCGAAAGAUGAGUUGCAUCAUUACAGAACAGGCUUAGUUCUCGGAGAAUAAAACUUUUGUAGACAAUUAAGGCAUGAUUUAAAUGAGGGUGUGGCUGAUUACGAGUGGCAAAGGCUGUGAAAAGUGCUCGUCAUUUUUCAAGGAUAGCAGCCAGUAUGCUUAAAUAUGUAAUCGAUGAACUCGCUUUGGUGAACUGAUGUCAGCUGUGGCAGUCGCAGAGCGACAUUAGCAGAAAGUAUCGUUUGCUGUCAGUUCGAAAGGAUGGAAUGGUUGUCCCAAGUUGGAAGUAAGCAGAGAUCAGCUUGAGCACUCAGAAUGGCGCGAUUCUGGAUUUCCCUGAGGGUUUGGCGCAAGCGUCAGUACCAUUAAAAGGCAACUCUGAGAAUUUGACAUUUCCAAUCUAGGAACGUGGUGAAAAUUACCAAUGCUGAUCUUGAUACUGUUUUACGGAAUAUAUUUAAGCAGACUUUCUAAACGCUGGGUAAAUAAGAGUGCUGUCCCAGCUUAAAUUUUUAAACGUCGAGCAUUUGUGAAUUUUGAAGUUACCCAGGGAACAGAGUAGAAAAGUGCAGUUUCUUGGAAAUAAAUUGCUUCUCAGAGUUAUUAUUUGCUUCAUUAAGUAAAGAAGCAUGGUUUACACACUGGCGAUUCUCAAUAUCAUAAAAGAGCGUCUCACAUAGUUGUUUAACUUCCAUGGCCUCUAAAUUCUUGACUUAAAUUUUUUUCCAUUCAAAAUUUUAAGGGCCGCCUUCCAGUAAAGUGGACAGCUUAUGAGGCGCUGUUGUAUGGAAAAUAUACAACCAAAAGUGAUGU